AUGACUACUAGUUUUUACAUCGGCAACCUUCUCAAGGCGCACAGCGAUGAGGAAUACCUGAAGAUACUCAUCCUGGAGCUGCUCUCACUCUGCACUGAUAGGGGCUGGCGACUUAACCAGUGGACCUCCAGUAGUAGAAAUGUACUGUCUGCUGUACCUGAGUCCAAACAAGAUGCCUCUGUCACAAGCUUGGACCUCUGCAAGGAAGAACUCCCUGUAGAGCGCACACUGGGGAUCCACUGGUCCAUGGAGGGAGACUAUUUUACCUUCAAUAUCAGCCAGAAAGAAAGACCACACACCAGAAGAGAUGUCCUCUCCAUAGUGGUUUGUUGUAAUAUUCAUGCUGCCAGCCAAGAUGUUACUACAGGACGUGUAGGGAGCAGCUGGGAUGGGAUGGCAUAA